AUGGCUUUGAAUACCUCUUUAUCCGCAGUAGAUGUGCGACGAGCAUUCACCGAAGCUGCCUUUCUCUAUGCUAAUGACGCAUCGGUGGGGCAGCGCGUUAAGGAGUUCCAACAGAGGGGGUUUCCAAUCGAGUCUGCCGACGGCUUGGAUUUCUGCAAACAGAAUGUGUUUGAGGAUCAGCGAGUUCGGCUCGUUUUGGAGGCUUUAUUCCCAUGGUGUGCAGUUGGGAUCUAUGAAGUUUACCGUAGUAGCCCCGAGUGCAUCUACGGUUAUAUGACUGGGCUGAACUCCGAACUGAAAGCCGCAGUAGUACGACUGCAGAGCCCGGGCUCAAGCGUAGUUGUACUCGACGGCUCGCAUCGACUCCCUAUCAGAGGUUUCGUCGCUUCAAACGGCCUCUUGGAAAUCCCAUACGCCCCCCUUAGAAACUGUAAAGAAAUCGAGAUCGACAUGGCAGAGGGCGGCCUGAUAAUACACGAUGCACGUUUACAGAUCCGAUCGAUGAAAGGCUAUUCGGUUCAGCUUUGUUUCGCAACGGAAGAUGAGAUACAGGGCUGGCCUAGAAAGAAGUUCCCUGACAGCCAGGCGCUGAAGCAGCAAGCUAUUGCUAUGGAAACACCAACAAUGGGUGUCAAUUUUGUAUUCGGAGAUCAAUGA